ACAUGAUGCCAAAGUGAAAAUUAAAUUUUUUACCAGUUCAAUUUUGCUUCGCAUUCGUUGAUGUUGAAUUCUACAGCUUGUUUUUCGAGCCUGUUGCUGGAUGCUUCAAAAAAAUCCUCUUCUCCGGGUCUCCGGGUUUUCAAGCUAUUUAGCCAGAAGUUGUUCGAACAAAUUUUGGAAGGAUGGUUGGAAGCUAGAAUGUUGAAUAAUUUGAAAUUGUCAAAAACAAUAAUAUGGCCUCAAAUAGAUGAAGUGUCCAAAAUCAUACCAUUGAUUAGCACGCCCACUGUGAUCAACAUAUUUUCCAAAUUUGAGCUUCCUAGGUCAUUCCCAUCACAUUGAAGGAAAGUCUGCAGCCCCUCCAAAUUGAAAAUGGCAAUGGUGCACUGCUUUUUGUUUUUAUUCGUGUUCAGAAUUUUUUGUGCUGGUACUACAAAUGUCGUGGGAAAUGAUGAAGAAUUGUUCAAGAGCCGAGGCAAUGCUGAAUUAUCUCAAAUAGUACAAUCGAUUCAACUUGAAUGUUUCAAUAAAAUUGUAAAAAGGUGUGAACUUGACGAUGAAAAAAAGUAUAUAUUAGAGAUGGCCAUGGAAACCGCUACUACGGAAAUAGUUAUGGAAAUUUCAAAUAAAUUUUCUUCUCUAAAUAGCUCCUUUUCAAAUAAAUUUUCUUCUCUAAAUAGCUUCUAUAAUAGAGUAAUGAACUACUCAAAACGAAUAUCAUGUGGAAAAAAGUUAAGGCAUGAAAUAGAAAUGUUUAAACUUGACGCACUCUGUAUUGAAAAUAUUCUUCAAGUAAUAGGCAACGUGCAUCCGACCUUACAGAAAUUGGUAACUGACAGAUAUAAUAAUCUGAUAACCUGUAUGAGCUCCUUCAAUUCAUACGCAAGUUCGAAAAAAUAUGAAAAAAAUGAUAAGGGCGACAUCACGAAGACUAGCUUCGAUGAAACUCAUUUUAAAAACGGCUGGAAUAUGUUGAAAACUUUGAACCUGGAAGUUCCAAAGGUCCUUAGUGAUAGUGAAACACGGACGAAGUUAAUGACAUCAACUGAACUAAAAAUAAACAAUGUAAUAGAUGCAUUUAUUGGUCUGUACAAAUUAAAAUCAAAUGAAAAUGAGGUAAGGAAAAUGUUUCAGAAGCAAGAACAUCUCUGGAAAGAACUCACACAUGAUUUAAAACAUUUAGUGGCUACCAACAUGAGCACUGAAUUAAUACCGCUAUACGAAAUCGAUAAGAUCUUUGUACCAGAUAAAGAGAAGAUACAUAUAGACAAAAUGGAUUACAUCUAUGGAUUGGUAAUAAGCCGCCAAAUUGCGAACACUCUAUCAUCAACCGUAUUAGACCAAAAGGUCAAGGAAUGUUUGGGAGUUUUCCAUUUCUCUUACUCUUGGAAUAUUAAACCCACAUUACUGGUGUUACAACAGCGCUGGAAUCUGGACAAGUACAAAUGUAUUCACAUUUUCUGCCACGAGUUCAGCAAAUUACAUCAAGCUGUAAGCAGUGACUUGCACAGCCAGCCGAAUAUAUUGGAUGCCCCAGCUGAGUGCGAUCCAUCUGACCAUGAAUUUGAAGACUAUAUAACACGUGUUUGUGGCACAUGUCACCGUGAACAUGCGAUUCUCGUCUCUCAAAUCCUGACUGGUGUAGUAAAGAUUAAGUACCCAAAGACAUAGACAGGUCCUACGACUCCACCAUCUCCACCAACUUCACCUUAAGAAUGAAGAUUGUAGUAAAUAUACCUAAACGUACUGAUCUUAAUUUAAGUAUAGUAGAUAACUUAAUUACAUAUUUAUUUUACUGAGUGAUUGAAUGCAAUACAUUUUCAACUUAUUUUUA